AUGCAGCAAGUGUUGAUUAUUGUUUCGCUGGGACUGUUGGCCUGUGUGGCAGCCAAGCCAGCUGUUGAUCCGACCUUCUUUCCUUCGGGCUCACCUUUCGGAUUCUAUCCAGGAUCUGCUGCUCCUUUCGCAGCGGCCUAUGCUGCUGGUCCCUUUGCUCCUCUGGGAGCUUCACCUCUGGCUAUUUCGAGCAGCCAGCGCUUGGACUACUUCAACCAAUUUAACGCCGCCUUUGCUCCGACUGCUCCUGCUCGCAUCCUGGCUGCUAGUCCAUUCCCUGCGUCUGGCGGUCGUCUCAUUCAACCAACUCGUUUUAUUGCCACUGCAGGACCAGCACCAUUUUUCGUUUAA